AUGUGGCAACAAGUGCUGUUGGCCGAGACCUCUAAUUGGUCUCGUUCAGACGUUCUCCAGCGGUUCUGGACACAUUUGAGGGUGGAGAUACGAUUCCGGACAAUGCUCAACUAUCGAUUGGAAUCCUGUGAUUGCUGGCUUGACGAUGUUUUGGGCUCUGAUAACUCAACGGCUUUAUUGUGGAAUGAUCAAACAUACCCACAUUAUCUCAGACACCGGCAGGAUACCGACAUAUUGGCAGUGUCCUGCCUGAGGUUUCACCAAUACCAGGAAGUACUCCUAGCAUUAAGCUUAAUGUUGGAUCAAAUGCGUAGCAUGCCCGUGGUAUUGCAACUUUGUGGUGACGAAGAUUCCAUCCAGGAACUAAACUCAGCUCGGAUACUAUUGAAACACAGUCAAGACUUAAAAAUGCCCAAUGUUGUGUUGCUCUCGUGGACAUUUUUUAACUCUGCAACGUUGUACUCCUACGAAAUGUUUCCAGAAUUUAACGUUCAAAAACUGGUUUAUCAAGCAUACCUCACCCUGUUUCCUUAUAAGCUGGGAAACCUGAAAGGACAUCCAAUACGUACAGUACCAGAUAAUUCGGAGCCCCAUACCAUUGUGCGAAAAACGUUGAAUGGUUCCAUUUCCAUUGAUGGUCCUGUAUGGCAAUUCAUGAUUGAGUUCGCCAAACAUAUUAAUGCCACUCUUCAGCUUCCCAUAGAGCUGCAUCCGAAAAGAUCCUUUAAGCUGGUCCAGAUCCUUGAUUUGGUAAGAAAUCAAACCGUGGAUAUAGCAGCCAGUUUGAGACCCUAUAGCGUUAACGUGCAGCGCAGCAGCACGCACAUUUAUGGCUCCCCGAUGAUGGUGGGAAAUUGGUGUAUGAUGUUACCGACGGAGAGGAUAAUAGGCAGCCAUGAGGCACUGACUAGAUUAAUGAAAUCUCCGUGGACGUGGUUAAUCUUGCUACUUUUCUACAGUGUGCACAGAUUUUUGGCCCAAAAAACACGUUUAAGGAGUUCACUCAUUCAUCUGAUAAAACUUCUGAUUAACCUGGCGCUUAUCUGCUUUCUGCAAGCUCAACUUUCGGCCUAUUUUAUUGGACCACAGAAGGUGAAUCACAUAUCCAACAUGCAACAAAUAGAGGAAUCGGGUCUGAAAAUCAGAGGAAUGCGAGGGGAGUUCAUGGAGUACCCCAUCGAUAUGAGGAGUCGGUAUGCAUCCUCCUUUCUCCUGCAUGACAUUUUCUUUGAAUUGGCUCAAUAUCGUAACAGUUUCAAUACGUCAUAUGGCUAUACGGUAACCUCAGUUAAGUGGCAGCUAUACAAAGAAGCCCAGCGACAUUUCCGGCGACCUUUGUUUCGCUACUCGGAGGAAAUUUGUGUCCAGAAGCUGUCACUUUUUUCACUGAUCCAGCAAAGCAACUGCAUAUAUUGCUACAGAAGCACAAUCUUCAUCUUACGAAUGCACGAAGCCGGACUCAUUCGAAUGUGGUAUCGGAGAUCCUAUUACGUAAUGGUUACAGCAGGACGCUUUCCGAUUGGGGACUUAAGCACAGUUCAUCGGGCGCAACCAAUUCGUUGGACGGAAUGGCAGUAUGUGGUAUUGCUGCAUGGGGUUGGACUUCUAUUUUCUGUGGUUGUUUUCGUCAUCGAGCUCACUGUUCACUAUGCAAAUGUUUGCCUAAACAACUUGUAA